AUGUCGCUCUCCGAGAUUCGAAAUGUCGUUCUCUUAUUCAGUAACCCUCUGUUUAACGGAGAGGAUUCCCUUCCGACGACCGUCAUCCGAAAUAUCACUGCAAUUGCCAGCCAGUUGGCGUUCGAGUCCCAGAUCUCGACCAACCUGACGACGCUGACGACGACAAACGCCGAAACAUUAAAUGGCGUGAUACAAGGCCUUCUUUACGUCCCCACGAUAGCCUCCGGCAAUUCUUGCGCUGAAGACCAGUAUGACCCCUCGAUCGGCCUUCCGCGAAACGUAACCCGUCGAAGCAACCUCCCGCCCACCAACUACAAACUCAUCGCCCUAGCCCCGUGGUUCAGCAAAGAAUGCACGCAGGCCUAUCUACAAGCCGCACGCUACGAUCCGGUGAAAGCCUUUAUAUUUUACAAACCUAAUAACUCGACAAAUAAACCCCAAGAUGUCGACGAACCAAUAUGGGACUUGGACGAUGGCGGGGCAUGGGUUCAGCAGAACAAGUUUCCUAUCUUUGCCAUCCCCGGCCGGGAAGGCAAGAAGUUGGUGCGAAAGCUGGCUCAGUACUCUGGCUCCAUCGACGACAUCCCAUUCGGCGAUGAUAUUGUUGAUGCGUUUGGCCCCAACCCUCGUGACUACGUUCGAAUAUGGACCGAAUUGUCCAUGCAUGACACGAAAAGCAUGCCGGCGCUUUGGACCUUCUUCGUCAUCGUUAUCGGUGCCCUCCUUUUCAUCAUCUUUUGCGUUUCCAUCUUCAUGCAUCUUCUCCAGCGGCAGCGCCGCAAAUCUCUAGCCCUCAGGGUCAAGCGAGGCGACGUCGACCUCGAAGCAAUGGGCAUUGCCCGCGUCAUGGUCCCCGAGGAACAUAUAAAGUCAUUCCCUUUAUACACUUACCAAUCUGAGUCGGAGCGAAUGAAUGGGCCCUCGACACCCGGUUCCAUCCGUAGCUCUCGCCAACCGACCAAUGCCGACCGCAGCAUCUCGUCCGUCGUGUCCAUCUCGGGAAGGUCGUCACGAUCAAGCCUGGCCGGCAGUGAGUGCUCGACAAUAGCUACAAAUUACCAACCGCAAUGUCAAAUCUGCCUCGAGAGCUUCAAAAACCGCGUCUCCGUCAUCCGCCAGCUCCCAUGCUACCACAUCUUUCAUCCCGAAUGCAUUGACGAAUUCCUAACUCGAAACAGUUCCCUCUGCCCUAUUUGCCAGCAUUGCAUGCUGCCGGAAGGCUACUGCCCCAAGAUCACCAAUGCCAUGGUGCGCCGUGAGCGGGCUAUGCGUCGCCUACGCGGCACGGUCGACGUCGAGGUCGACUCUGCCGAUGGCGGUGCUAAGAAGAAGUUUUUCAGGAAACACGUGUUUAGUGAUCUCAUCACGCCCGGCAGUCCUCCCUCCAAAACGCCUCCGAGCCCUGCCAACCCCUCCAAAAUUUCCAAGGAGAAGUUCCUUGAAUCCCCGACGACGCCCGAAUCCAUCACGAUACCCGAUCCACCAGCCUCCGACUCCCCGGCGGCGGCGCGACUGAGACCCAGAACCCGGAUGUUAUCUCCGGAUCCCGACAAAUACCGUCGAAUGCUGUCGCUGAAUCGGAGGAUACGCUGGCCGGAAGAGCCCUUCCGACUUGGCCAGAGCCAGGAUGAAGCACCUGGCGCGCCCGUUGGAUGA